AUGGCGUUCACGUUCGCGGCCUUCUGCUAUAUGCUGGCUCUGCUCCUCACCGCCGCCCUCAUCUUCUUCGCCAUCUGGCAUAUAAUUGCAUUUGAUGAAUUGAAAACCGACUACAAGAAUCCUAUAGACCAAUGUAACACGGGGGGGGGCUCUGCACGUAUCUCUCCAUGUAACUGUGUUUGUUGUUGUUUCCUGCAGCUCGUGCUCCCCGAGUAUCUCAUCCAUGCGUUCUUCUGCGUCAUGUUCCUUUGUGCUGCCGAAUGGCUGACUCUCAGUUUAAACAUGCCGCUGCUGGCGUACCACAUCUGGAGGUAUAUGAGCCGACCGGUGAUGAUGAGCGGUCCCGGCCUGUAUGAUCCCACCACCAUAAUGAACGCCGAUAUCCUGGCCUACUGUCAGAAGGAAGGAUGGUGUAAACUAGCUUUCUACCUGCUCUCCUUUUUCUACUACCUUUACGGGUAAGUCGCGUUGU